AUGUUUCACAAUCCCGUUUCUUUCGAAAAGCGCACUCAGCAUUUAUGUUAUCAACACAUCGAUACGAUAAGCCGCCGAUACGCCGUUCGUCCACGUACACAGUUUACAUUAACAGCUGACGGAAUGAUGUAUUUAGUGGUUCUCGCUGCGAUAUUGCAGUGCGCAGUGUCACAACAGUAUCAGCAAAAAGUCGCACCUGGGGUACCACCGCAGAACUAUCAGAACUAUCAGCCGGCUCCACCACCACCGCCGCCACAGCCCAUACAAACGCAACAACAGCAACAGUACCAGCAGCAGCAGCAGUACCAGCAGCCCCAGCAGCCGCAGCAGCAGCAUUACCAGCAGCAGGUGCCGGUGCAGCAGGUGCCUUCACCACAGGGCCACGGCCACCAUGGGGAUCCCCAACUGCUGAAUCCAGCUAACAUUGCUCAGGAAAGGGACCACAUCCAGGAGCACAUGGACGUGCCAAUCGACACCUCCAAGAUGUCUGAGCAAGAACUGCAGUUCCACUACUUCAAGAUGCACGAUGCUGACAACAACGAUAAACUGGACGGCUGCGAACUCAUCAAAUCACUCAUUCAUUGGCACGAGCAAGGGCACAAGCAGCAGCCCGCGCCCGGCGCGCCGCCCGUCGGCGAGAAGAUAUUCAACGACGACGAACUCACCAAUCUCAUCGAUCCCAUCCUCAACAUGGACGACCACAACCGCGACGGCUACAUAGACUAUCCCGAGUUCGUGCGAGCGCAACAGAAAAGCCAGAAGCAAGAUGGCAAC